UCGAGUCAAAAGCUUAUCCGUCUGAUUUCAAUUCAAUCUGAAAUGCACUUGAGUACUAGCGCGAGUGGUUUUGGAAUCGAUCUUCCUUGGCGUGAUCGAUGAUGAUUUUUUCGCAGCUUUGUUAACGGGGAGGGAACCUUUAAAAGGUCUCCCGCCACAGGGGACUAAUCACGGCAUGAAAGUGUCCCCUGAUUUGGGCUAUGUGACAUUCAUCGUGACAUCUGGCCCGUGCAAUGGACUGAAUAGCGCAGGCAACUGAAUGGAUCUCUUACUGCAGAAAUGACCGUCCUCACGUCGGUGCUGCGUAGCGUACAAAGUUAUUUUGAGUUGACCAAGGGUCUGUAUGCGCUGCUCUUUGGACCAAAUUUUUCAAGGCAUUCGUUGCCCGUGAUGCCUUGGUGCACACCUUCUCGAGAUGCCGGCUGUUUGCGGCAGCUCGACUCCAAGGUACUUGAGCUAGUCCCCGGAAACGACCGUGUGCUCACCCGCUGUUAGUUAGCCUAUCUGCGGGUUGUGAUGGGUGCAGAAGAUCAUGUAGAUGGGCCAGCUGCAGACCGACUCCCUCCAUCCAGCGCUCGAUCAUCUCCAGGUUCCACAUAGCAUAUGGGUGCUGACUUCCUGCAUAUCUCUACCGAUGUGGGUGAAAACCACGUCGUCAGCAAACCCAAUGAUGUCCACCCGCUUCAGCCCGGACAGCUCCACACGGAGAAAGCACAUGACGUUCCACAGUAUUGGCCCUAGCACCGAACCCUGCGGUUCUUCUGCCGAAACCGGUAGCAAUACCAGUUCUUCAUCUAGCAAUACGGCCAGGCCGUUCUUUAUGAAUAAAAAAAAACCAGUUCUUCAUCCGUCUCGUAGUGGAUCGUGCGAUUGACGAAGUAGUUCCGCAGUAACGGCCUGUAUGUACCGCAGUGUGUUUUUUCUCUGCAGAGCCUCUCCAAUCGCUGUGCAGUUGGCCGUGUUGAAGGCGUUCUUCACGUCGAUCGUCAUCAUCGAAACACAGCCAGUCGCCCUUGCGCUUUUUGUCCAAAGCAACUCCUCCGUUGGCGAUCACUUUGUUGAUGGCGUCUAUAGUUGAGUGUCCUUUCCGGAAUCCGUACUUGGCACCAGACAGACCUCCCGUAGCCUCAAGGUGCUCCGUGAGUCUGCGCUGCAUAAGUCACUCCAGUACUUUACCAAGGAUGCUCAGCAGAUAGAUUGGCCGGUACGAAAACGCCUCCCCUGGUGGUUUCCCUGUCUUGGAGAACAGCCUCAACCGCUGCCUCUGCCACUCGUCCGGGAAGUGGCCGGAAUUGAUGUAGUGCUGGAACGUUCUCCUGAACACACCGGGAAAGGCCAUCGAGGCCACGUUUGGGAUGUUGUCCUCACCAGGGGCACGCUGUGGGUUGAGCGAUUUUGCAGUGCUCAACAGCCCCCCCUCCGGUUACUGGAUCCCGCUCCGUGCGCAGCAACACUCCUUACUCAACUGACGUGUUCUAGCCAGUGGCAGUUCUAGUCUCGAGGUAAGGCAUAAGGGACCUCGUAUUAGCAUGAAUUAUCUCGUGAGUCCCGUAAGCAAUGCGAAUCCAAACUGCUAGCAUGUGCCACUGUAAAUAUGUCUGAAAGGAGGAUCAAUAAGACACAAAGACUAAUGACAAUUAUUUCGGCUCAACACAUCACCACAUCCACCUGCAAAUAAGGCAAUGGGCAAAUCCAACUGCUCUUUUGCAACACUGCGAGGAUUCAAAGCGAAGUGGUAGUAGCGAAACGGUCCAGUAAAGUAUGUAAGUUUAGUUUAUUCUGCUAAGCAAGCUUUGCUUUUAAUCACAUCAGUUUAUCAAAUUGAAGUAAUCUAGUGCCCACGGUUAUGUUGAUUUGCCUUGCAAAUUAUCGCUUAUCAAGUUUUUCGGAUCGAAAUUUUCAACUCCAAAUCCGCUUGUAGCCGCUCAACAUUCUAAGUAAAGCCAAAUUCUAGUAGUACAGUACAAUAUGAACGAAAAGUUAGCAGAAGAUGACGGGCUGCGGAAAUCGUCGGAUUCUAGUGAUAUUGGCAGAGAUCAAUCACUUUCGGAUAUUUGCACAGCACAACCGCGAGGCAGCAGCAUCGAUUGGGUCGUGUGCCGUAUCUGUCAAAGUUCCAGCGAUGGAGUUAGUAUGAUAUCUCCCUGUCUGUGCAAGGGCUCGAUGAAGUACGUGCAUCUGGACUGUUUGGAGCUUUGGUUGAACCGCUCCGGACUGACGCACUGUGAAUUAUGUUUACACACGUUUCAAACACACGAAACACUUCGAUAUGGCUGUUUCGAAUCGGUAUUAGUGUGGUAUCGCAAUCCGGACAAUCGUAAUCUUCUGAUGUCUGAUCUUUUAAUUUACUCGAUACUGUCAUUUGUGUGUUUCAUGCUGACACUGGUUUGCAUGCUCGUGCUGCGGUUUCAACACUCGCCACACGAUCCCUUCGGAGAGGAGCUCGCAAAAGUAGCUGUCAUUUGCUUCUUAUCGCUUGUGAUGAUUGCUUAUUCUGCGAACGUUAUCAUUAUUGCAAGAGAUCACCUGCUGCCUUGGUAUCGUUGGUGGCGUUCGGCAAGAAACGUACGGUUAUCAAGACUAGAAGUGGACCAUUAUCGAGUGGAAACUGUUUAGAACUUAUCCCCCAGGGACUCAGGGAAUGGGCUUAUUAAAGAUUUAGCUACAAAACUAGCCAUAAUGUUUGUUUUUUAGGACCGUUUGUUCCAUAUAAUAACAGCAAGGUAUUGAAGCUUUUCAGAAAGUAGUUUAAUAAAAUCUCAGCUCUCAAGCUAACAUAACAA